AUGACUAGUACCACUCGGCACUCUCCUCUGCGUAACAAGCGACCUCUACAAACGUUCUGCAAAGAAAAAGAACUCAAUUUGCGACUGAAAGUAGCAGCAUUUAAACUCUCAAGGUCUCGUUCAACGUCAUACGACGAGGCCACAGCGUCUAUAAAAAUCAUCAAUCCCUUGGCCCUGUUAUCCUCUUCCGCCUCACCUGCUAACCUCUUCCCUUUUACCUGCUAUCCUCUAACGCCGGACCUGCUUAUAUUUCCGCACACCUCUAUUUUCUAUCAAUUCUUUUCAUUUAUUAUUCCCCUGAGAAACCCUCUUCUGCCGCUCCUGCUAUCCUCUUUCGCUGCACUAUUUAUCCUCUUCCGCACACCUUCUAUCCUCUAUCGCCUCAAAUUUGAAGAGCGCUAUUACUUUGAUUUCCGCCCCCACCAUUAUUUAUACCCUUUUAUAUCAUUUCGCCUCACCUGCUCUCCUCUAUCGCCUCACCUGCUAUCCUCUAUCGCAUCACCUGCUAUACUCUUCCGCCCCACCUGCAAUCCUCUUCCGCCGCAGCUGCUAUCCUCUUCCGUCUCUACUGCAAACCUCUUCCACCUAAUGUAG